AUGGGGCUUAGACCAUCCUGGUCGGCCAAAUGGCAGGCAAGGCUCCAUGCUACCUGGGUACGCAAUGCUGGGCUUUUCUACAUGUUGCUUGCUCAAGUGUUUGGUGUUAUGAUGAAUGUCACUACCCGAUUACUGGAGAUAGAAGGAAACAAGGGUAAAGGACUGCAUCCAUUUCAAAUCUUGUUCGCUCGCAUGUCUAUCACUGUGGUACUCUCAUCUCUUUACAUGUAUUACACCAAGACACCACACUUCCCACUGGGACAUCGAGAGGUCAGAUGGCUCUUGGUAGCAAGAGGGCUAGGGGGCUUUUGGGGAGUAUUUGGAAUGUACUACUCGCUCAUAUAUCUGCCUCUCGCAGAUGCCACAGUCAUUACUUUCCUAGCUCCCAGUCUGACAUGCUGGGUUUGCUCGAUAUUGCUCAAAGAACCUUUCACUAAGAUUGACAAGAUAGGAAGUCUUGUGUCUUUGGUGGGUGUGGUCUUCAUUGCAAGACCAACAUCACUAUUCUUUUCUUCCUCAGAGGCGCCUCCGGCCAGUGGAGGCACUGAGGUAAUCGGAUCUAAUAGCACAGUGACGACUCCAGAUGCAUCCAACUACGACAAUGUCACACCGGCUGAGCGAUUGGCAGCUGUUGGUAUUGCGCUGGUCGGCGUAGGCGGUUCAGUGAUUGCGUAUACGACAAUCCGCUGGAUCGGAAAAAGAGCACAUCCGCUCAUCAGUGUCAAUUACUUCGCUACCUGGUGCACAAUCGUCAGCAUUGUAGCCCAACUCACGCUUCCUGGUAUCGGCUUCCUGCUCCCUGCCGAUGCAAAGGAGUGGGGAUAUUUGGUCUUCCUCGGGGCAUGUGGAUUUAUUAUGCAAUUCCUUUUGGCAGCAGGACUGAGUUAUGAAAAGUCGUCGCGAGCAACCAACAUGGCAUACACAUCAAUGCUUUUCGCGUUGGGAUUCGACAGAUUUAUCUUCGGACAGACACCAGGACUCACGUCUAUAAUUGGGUCGACAUUGAUUCUUGGGUCAGCAAUAUACAUGGCAAUGCAGAAAGAUAAAGGCGACGGUCGCAAAACUGAGACAACAGGGGGACUAGCGCAAAAUAGAGAUGAAGAGGAAGGUUUGAUGAGAGGAGUACAAGAAGGAGAUGAGGAAAUCUUUGACCAAGCACAGCAAAGCAGCAUUGAGAUGGGUCAAAUGGAAACCAGACGGGAAUGA